AGUCAUCAUCUUUAAAGGCCUGAACGUUACGAAGUCCAUCACAUAGAACCCAAAAUGAUUGCUAUCGCCAUUCUAUUGUGUGUCACCAUGGUGGCUUCUGCUCCGCUGGAAGCUCCACUACCGUUCGGCCAAAGUUCAAAAGGCGGUUGGGGCUACUAUACUACCUACACACCACAUGAAAAUUUGGGAUACACGGCAUCGUACAAUGCAAAUGAAAAUGCGCCCCGUGUUGCAUUGAACCAAUUGCCCGUCUCUCCGGCCGCUUUUGCUGGAUUUCAUCCCUACGCCCUGGCCGGUGUUCCAGGCUACGGUUUGAGAUACUUCCCCGGUAGCCCUUUCCCCGGCUACUAUCCUUACGGAUACGAAGAUCCCUCGGAAAAUUACGAAUUCGAAGGCAACUACGAAACAAAAUCAGACGCUGCGGCAUUUCAAGAAGAAGUAGAAGAUGUGCGUGGCACCAAUGCCGGCCCCCAAAAUAGCGGAACAAAUACAAUGCACCCUAUCUUAAGUACAAUCGUGAACCUGAACCGAUUGAAUAUAAUGCGCUUGGCGUUCAGAAAUGCAAUGAUGCUCGUGCUGGGUUAAAAAUGUACAUUGAAACAGAGCUAAAUUUCGUACUUCAAAUUCCCGUUAAAACUAUGUAUUU